GCCGCGCCGCGCCGCGGGCACGGGGCGCCAUGGCGUCGUGCGUGGGGAGCCGGACCCUGAGCAAGGACGACGUGAACUACCGGCUGCACUUCCGCAUGAUCAACGAGCAGCAGGUGGAGGACAUCACGCUGGAGUUCUUCUAUCGGCCCCACACCAUCACGCUGCUCAGCUUCACCAUCCUCAGCCUCAUGGCCUUCGCCUUCACCAGGGAUGAUUCUGUCCCAGAGGAUAAUAUUUGGAGGGGUAUCCUCUCUGUGAUUUUCUUCUUUCUAAUCAUCAGUGUUCUAGCUUUUCCUAAUGGACCUUUUACCCGCCCUCAUCCUGCAUUAUGGAGAAUGGUUUUUGGUCUCAGUGUGCUCUAUUUUCUGUUCCUGGUGUUUGUGCUCUUUCUUAACUUUGAGCAAGUAAAAGCGGUGAUGUACUGGCUGGACCCUAAUCUCCGAUAUGCCACAAGGGAAGCAGAUAUUAUGGAGUAUGCUGUGAACUGCCAUGUUAUCACCUGGGAGAGAAUCCUCAGCCACUUUGAUAUAUUUGCUUUUGGGCAUUUCUGGGGCUGGGCCAUGAAGGCUUUGCUGAUCCGCAGCUAUGGGUUAUGUUGGACUAUUAGCAUCACCUGGGAGCUCACUGAGCUCUUCUUCAUGCAUCUUUUGCCUAAUUUUGCUGAAUGCUGGUGGGAUCAAGUCAUUUUGGACAUCCUGCUUUGUAAUGGAGGUGGCAUCUGGUUGGGCAUGGUAGUUUGUCGUUUCUUGGAGAUGAGGACCUAUCACUGGGCAAGCUUCAAGGACAUUCACACAACCACAGGGAAAAUCAAAAGAGCUGUAUUACAGUUCACCCCAGCCAGCUGGACCUAUGUUCGCUGGUUUGACCCGAAGUCUUCAUUUCAAAGAGUGGCUGGAGUCUACCUUUUCAUGAUCAUCUGGCAGCUGACUGAGUUGAAUACGUUCUUUUUGAAACACAUCUUUGUGUUCCAAGCAAGCCACCCUUUAAGCUGGGGGAGAAUUCUCUUCAUAGGAAUUAUCACAGCACCCACUGUAAGGCAGUACUAUGCCUACCUCACAGAUACGCAGUGCAAGAGGGUAGGAACUCAGUGCUGGGUGUUUGGGGUUAUUGCUUUCCUUGAAGCUAUUGUGUGCAUAAAAUUUGGACAAGAUCUUUUUUCCAAAACACAAAUACUGUAUGUUGUGUUUUGGCUUCUUUGUGUGGCCUUUACAACUUUCCUGUGUUUAUAUGGUAUGGUUUGGUAUGCGGAAUACUACGGCCACCGAGAAAAGACCUUGUCAGAAAGUGAAGACAGCCCUUACAGUCCAGAUGCUUCCUGGCUUCAUUCUAAAUUCAGCAGAGCAGGCGCUGACAAUAGUCCACCAAAACAUUCAGUCAAUAAUGAAAGCCAUUCAUCUAGAAGGAGGAAUCGUCACUCCAAAUCAAAAGUAACCAAUGGGAUUGGUAAGAAAUAAGAAUAGUCUCUGAAGAAGUCCUGCAGCGUGACUAGAGAUGGCAGAGGAAAUUGGACCUGACUCUGAAUUUCCAAGUGGGAGACUGAUUUUAAAUGUAAAAUUUAGAAAAGGAGCUGUUGAAGAAAGCAACCAGCUUUCCAUCAGUGAACAGGGCCUCGUGUCUUUCAAGAUGGAGCCACCAGUGUAUUGCAAAUCAUUGCCUGCUGUCAUGUGCCAUUCACUGAAUUAAAUCUGAUUUCUUCAGCGUGUGGCAGCAGAAGCUAAUGAAGAGUCAGCUGGAAAGAAAAAGUUUGUUAUAGCAGGUACACACUGUUUUAUGUUCAGGGGUUUGUAAGAGAGUUUUUAAUAUCUUAGUUGAGGACAUAAACACAAAGGUUAGUAAACUGAAAAGCAGUUGGCAUGGUUGGUUGGAUUUUUUUUUUAAUUUUAUUGUGUUUUUGUUUAGUUGUUAUAUAGAAAAGUAUGCGAUCUUUUGACUUAAAAACACCUCUGCCCUUCUUUCUCAGCCUGGCAACUAAACUUUUCCAUUCAACAGUUAGUAAGUAGGUAAAAAUUCCAUACUUGCAUGCAGCUGCUUACUUUUAUUUAAAGGCUCUUUCAAUCUGGUGACAGGGUUUUACUAGCUAAGAAGCGGGUCCAUGUUUCUCACAAAGGAUGCUGAUUGAUCUUCAAAAACAGUUCUUUUGUUCUGUAUUUUCCUUCUGCUUGAUUGUUACAUAUUCUAUUUCUUUACUUUCCAACAGGUUUUCAUACAGAUAUAUUUUUUAGAGUUUAAAGAGGGCUGUACCUCUUGCCCUCAGGGACAGAUGUCCUGUCAUUUAGUUGGGUUUUUUUUGUUGUUUUACUGAGGUAUGUGUUGCAUCUUGAAGUGCGGGUUACCAGCUGUGUCAUUCUUUCAGCUGUGUUGCAUUUUAUGCGAAGUUCCUCUCCACUCUCCUUUGAUUUGCCUCUGCAUCAGCUGGAAUGAAGAAAUCCCAAUGCCUUUGAUUUUUAGAAACUGCUUUGAAGGCUCUGAUACCCUACUAAGCCUGAUGAGGAGCAGUUUUUCACUGAAAUUAAGUUGCUUAAAUUCCUAAACUCCUGUAAACAAAUCUGUGAAGACUUGUCAUGUUCAGUGCUUAAGAGAUAGCAUAUUACUGUGAUAUACCAUGUUGUUUUAGUAUUUCCUAACAUGCAAUCAGGUAGCUGACAAUGAAGUGACUUCCUUGUGUAGAUUUUUCGGGAAAUGUACUAAUUCUGACCUCUAGCAAAGUGGAUAAUUCUCCAGCAGUGAACGUAGUGAUUAAGUCAAAGGUAAAUAUGCAAGAGCAAUCAGUUUUUGUAUUAGUUAUCAAAACACUUUUGUGCCAACUAGAUUUUUGGGAUUCAUGGGGUUCAGAGAGGUAGGUUAAGCACAGAUAAAUAAUAUCCAUUAGUCACUUGUUUUCAUAAUAAACUGGGUUUUCCUUUUUCUAUUAAUAAUGUUACUGUGAUUUGCCAUAGAUUAUGUGCUAAAAAAUAAUGCAGCAGAGACUUUAUACAAAUGUAUGACACUGUAAAUAGAAAAAUGUAGCCCAUGUAAUCCAUAAAAUUCAUAUGUGCCACAGAUUAUCAACAUUUUCAAUGCACUUAACUGUGUUGCUACUGAACUCUUCAAAGGCCCUCUGUUUCCCAUCCCCCCUUUCAAUCAAACACACUGUGUACAACUUCAGAACUAACUUAUAGUGGAAGCUGCUAUAUCAUUGUUGCUAAAGUGACAUGAAAUGUUACAUGAGAAAAAUGGUAGGAACAUUUUCAGACUUUCCUACGAAUGUUCUACUUCCAUUCAUAUUAGCAGUUCCUUUGUUUUGUCUUUGUGGUGUUCUAUGUAUUGAUGAAUGUAUUUGUAGCUUUCUUUGGAUAUUCAAACUUAAUAUUUUUUUAUUGUCUUGGUUAAUUGUAAACUUUCUAUUGAUUCGAUACCAAAGCAAGAGAUUGGAAGUUAAAAGGUUUAGAUAUUUUAAGUAUUGUUGUUUUUAAAGGUGAGAGCCUGUUUUGUACUGCAAAGUAUAUAUGCACUGUUUGUGUAUACAAAGCUUACCUGUGCAGCAGGUGCUGUCCUUGCCUAUGAAAAGUGGGAACAAGCUCACAUUUUGUAAAUGCAGGACUAGUGCUCGCACUGCUGAAUCAAACCCUAAAAAUAUUAAAAAGGAAAAUAUGGAAAGGAAAA